AUGGCCAGUCAAGCGGAAAACAAGUUCAUGCACGCGGACAGCGAGUCCUUCCCCUACGCGUUCCUGCGCGAUGUGGACAUCCCCCUGCACACCUACGAACAGGGCCUCAUCCGCGCCAAUGUCUUUCUUCCGAAGGGCUCCGGGCCGUUUCCCGUCAUCGCUACCUACGGUCCCUACGGCAAAGAUGUUCCCUACGAGCGCUUCUUCAAGAAGAGCUGGGACGAGCUCAAUCCCGAGAUGAAGUCGCCUCACGGCGCUUGGGAGACACCAGAUCCAGGCUUCUGGACGAAGAACGGUUAUGCCGUCGUUCGUGCAGACGAGCGCGGCGCCGGCCAGAGUCCAGGUAAAUUGGACACCAUGUCCCGGGGUACUAGCGAGGCCUUCUUCGAUGUCGUUGAGUGGUGUGCCAAGCAGCCUUGGUCCAGUGGGAAGGUUGGUCUGCUGGGCAUCAGCUACUAUGCCGGCACCCAGUGGAGAGUUGCUGCCCGUCAGCCGAAGGGCCUGGCUGCCAUCAUUCCUUGGGAGGGUAUGAGCGAUUACUACAGAGAUCGAGUCCGCCACGGCGGCAUCUUGUCUGAUAAGUUCAUCUCCUUCUGGUGGAACAACGGAGUUAUCAAGAACCAGUACGGCCGUCCCGAACGAGCGGCGAUGGGUUGGGGCUACGACACCUUGGAAGGCGACCUACCCGAAGACGUGUUGGCCCGCAACAGACAAGAUCAGACCAUCGACACGGCAAAUCACAAGUUCAGGGACGAGGAGUACUACGCGGAGAAAGAAUUCAAGCUCGACGACAUCAAAGUCCCGGUCCUGAGCGUAGCCAACUGGGGAGGCAUCCUUCUCCACCUUCGCGGCAACGUCGUCGGAUGGCUCGGCGCAGGCUCCCAGCACAAGUUCCUCCGCUUCAUCGUCGGACGCCACGACCUGCCCUUCUACUACGCCCACAACGCCGAGCUGCAGAAGUCGUUCCUGGACGCCUUCCUGAAAGGCGACGACCACGCCGGCUGGGCUUCCGGAAAACAGCCCAAAGUGCAGCUCUGCCUCCGCAAGGGCGACACCGGCUUCAACGAGGCCGCCAGAGAACGCGGCCUCCCCGAGCGCGCCGAGUCCGACUGGCCGCUUCCCGACACGCGGUACGAGCGUUUCUACCUGACGUCCGAUAAGACCCUCCAAAAGCAACCGGUGGCUUCAGCAGGCUCCAUCAGCUACGACGCGCUGCAGGGCCACCCCAUCCAGUUCCGCUUCGUCGCCCCCGAGACGACCGAGAUCACCGGCCACCCCACGGCGCGCCUGCGCAUCGCCUGCUCGCGGCUGCCCGGCGCGACCAAGGCGCCCUCCGACAUCGACGUCUUUGUCACCCUGCGCCACCUGAACACCGACGGAGCAGAGAUCUUCUACACUGGCACGAUGGGCGAUCCGGUGCCUGUCGUCAAGGGCUGGCUGCGUGCUUCGCUGCGCAAGACGGAUCCGUCGCAUCCGAGUCACCGAGAGUGGUUGCCGCACCGAAACUAUUACGCGCAGGAUGUUCAGCCUGUGGAGGAGGGCGUUGAGUAUGAUCUUGAUAUCGAAAUCUGGCCGACAAACGUCGUGCUGGAGAAGGGCGAUACUUUUGUGUUUGAGGUCGCUGGCCACGACACUCAGGGCUGUGGCACGUUUCAACAUAGCCACCCCGUGGAUAGGAGUGAAGAUGUCUUUGCUGGUCUUAAUACCAUCUCGCUCGGUGGAGAGACGAGCUGGCUCACCCUGCCUAUUAUUCCUCCAAGGUAA